AGUACCCAAAACAAUCAAUGACAGGUGCACGGCUGUGCACAACACUAUGAGACUGCUAUCAUAAUAGUUGUUUACAUGUAUUAGAUAGGUCACUAACUAACACUGCAUAUUUACACUUAAUUUCCUAUGAACAACUAAUGUCUUGAAAAUACUAGAUAAAAAAAUGGAUGAUAGCAAUACUAUUGUGGAAACCAAUAAAGACACUAUUAAAGUAUUAAGGUUUAACAAACCACGGAAGAAAAAUGCAAUCGACGGUAAUAUGUACGGUCGGGUGGCAAAAAUACUGAACGAAGCAGCGAUGGAUGACAGUGUCAGCAUGGUCGUGGUAACCGGAACAGCGGACUUUUACAGCAGCGGCAAUGACGUAUCCAACUCUUGGAGUGAAUCUGAAGAUGUCCAUAUUAAACUUUUAAAGGAUUUUAUCGAAGCGUUUAUAAAAUUUCCCAAGUUACUAAUAGCUAUUGUAAAUGGACCUGCUAUAGGAAUCGCGGCUACAACCUUGGCCCUCUGUGAUUUGGUAUUUGCGUCAGAAAAUGCUUAUUUUUACACACCUUUUCCAAAAUUACAUAUAACUGCUGAAGGAGGUUCUACACUAACAUUCCAGAGACUUAUUGGACAACGAAAGGCUGCAGAAAUGUUACUGUUUAACCAUAAAAUGUCAGCCAAGGAAGCUCUGGAGGUCGGUUUCAUCAAUCGUGUGUACAAGCACGAUGAAUUAGAAGCGAAAUCGUGGGAGAAGAUAAACGAGAUUUUAAAACUACCCGCAAGUUCUAUACUUGCCACUAAAAACUUGCUACGCAGAGUUUACUACGAUGAUCUCUUGAAAACCAAUGAUAUUGAAAUUGAAGUACUAAAAAAAUCGCUCAAAGCUAAGAGUAAUUUGUAAAUAACAUUUUUGAAGAUUACUUGUUGUCAUUCUGUUGUUAUACUUUGUAAGAUAUUUUUAUAAUAUUGUGAAGGGAAGUAAUAAAGCUUUUUUAGAAAUAACA